GCGUCGACGCUGGCAGGGAGACGUUGGUGACGGAAAAGCGCCGAAGUAGAGACCGCGGGACCUCGGUCAUUUCUCGGUUUGUUCAGCGGCGCCCAGAGCCCGCGGGUGGGCCUCUAGGCCCCGCAGGCCCUCCCCCCUCGUCGGAGGAGUCAGCGAGCGAUCGUUCGGAGCGAGCAAAAGGAGGAGGGCGAGGCAGCGAAGAUGGCGAACGCGGCGGAGGUGAACGCGGUGCCUGUCGGGGAUGUGGUGGUGGUGAAGGCCGAGCCCGCAAGCCUAGAGGGGGAGAGCUCCGAGGAGAGCAAGACCCAAGUCAUCCUGCAGCUGCAGCCGGUCCAGCAUAGCAUGUGUGAAGAAGGAGCGGAAUCGAAUUGCAAUGCUUCGGUUGUGACUGUGGAGACGCACACUUUGCAGAAGUUAGCAGAUGGGGAAGAUAUCUGCAAUGAGAUCAAUGAAGAAGUUGAAAUUGCUUAUCCCAUUACUUGUGGCGAGAGCAAAGCUAUUCUCUUGUGGAAGAAGUUUGUUUGUCCUGGUAUAAACGUGAAAUGUGUAAAGUUUAAUGAUCAGCUCAUAAGCCCAAAGCAGUUUGUACACUUGGCAGGGAAGUCUACACUGAAAGACUGGAAGCGGGCAAUUCGAAUAGGAGGUAUAAUGUUGAGGAAAAUGAUGGACUCUGGGCAGUUGGAUUUCUAUCAACACGAUAAAGUUUGUACCAAUACCUGCCGCAGCACCAAAUUUGACCUUCUAAUCAGCAGUGCCAGGGCGCCAGUUCCGAGCCAGCAGAGCAAUGUGAUACAGACCCCUACCUCCAUAGAUGGCAAUGGGACCCACAUAACUGUGUCUGAAGAAAAUACUGAAGAAUGCAUUGAGUGGAGUCCAGCUCUGACUACAGUUGCUGUUACUACAGAGGACUUAAACAGGAAAGAUGGAGAAGAGAUCUCUGAAGACACCCUGGCCUUCUGGAAAGGAAUAGCGGAUGUGGGUCUGCUGGGAGAAGUUGUUACUAACAUUCAGAAGGAGCUGAUGGAGAUGUUGGCAGGUGUUCAGCAGAGGAUGUGUCAGACUCCAUUACAAAUCACAGAUGCUGCUGUCCUGAACAAUAUGGCUCAUACUUUUGGCCUGCUGGAGACUGUGAAGAAGGUUUUGGACAAAAGGAAGAGUCAGACUGAUCAAAGCCAAGAACAAAUUCAUAAUGACCUUGCAGAACUAGAACGUCAGCUGGAAGAGCAGAGGAGACGAGCCAAGGAGCAGAAACUGAAAAACCAAACUCUGCAAAACGUAGUGCUGAUGCCGAUUGCUACUCCCAAACCCAACAAGCGCCCCCGACUGCAGCGACCUGCCUCCGCCACUAUUCUCACCCCAACCACACCUGUCCAAACACCCCAGUUCACCGUCAUUUCACCUAUUGCUAUCACUCCAAUAGGAACAAACUUCUCUGUCGCCAAUGUCACAACCAUGCCUAUGGCCAUUGGCCAACAGUCCAGUCCUGUCACCGUACACACGUUGUCAGGUGGGUCCCAGCUCUUCACCAGGUAUGCUGGCGUGGUCACUGCAGCCAAGACGACUGCCUCUGACACAGUCACCAUUCAUCCUGCCUCCAGCCUUGCCCUACUGAGCACAGCUGCCAUCCAAGAUAGCAACACCAUCACGACCAUGGCAGGCAUGAACAUGGGCCCUGUAGAACUGGUCACCGUGGACUCUGGUCUUGUAUCUGUCGUUCAGAGUCACAGUGUUGACCAUUCAACGGCAGAAUCACAAACUGUGAUUGAGAUUCACCCUGGGCCAGAGAUGGACUCGGACCCAGAUGGUACAGCAGAAGCAGAGUGUGAUGACAAGGUGCCGGACACGGACAACGAAACCCAAAUACAAGCCAUCGAAGUUGUGACCCAGGAGGAACAGCAGAAUGAGCGAAAUGAGAAAAAUUAAUUAUAAACUUGAGUUAUUGAAGUAUUUGCUUGGCUGUAUCUGAAUGUACUGUUACCAAAACAUAGUUAUGUGUAAAAGAUAUGAAUUUCACCCUGAGGAUUUUUUAAAAGAAGGAAUGCAAUAUUAUUAUGCAUUCUAUACGCUGUGGUCCGCCUGUUCAACUGGACCCCCAACCUUGGAUCAGAAUUUACUCCAGUUUGCCUUGUUUUGCAAGCUGCUAACAGCCAAAAAAAUGUUUGGGUAGCAUGUUAGCAUCUUGACCUUAGCAAUCUCGCAUUGUCUGUCGCCUUUCCUGCCCAGAAUAAGUUGUAAAGAGGAUGCACGCUCAGGUUCAUUGAUGUAUGUAAAUAAAAGUUAAAUACCUGACCCACAUCCUUCCAGUUAGUCACCACGUAUUAACCAACACUGGGUGGAUUGAUUCAGUUUUAAUUAACCUGAGGCUGAUGAUAACAUUCAAUUUUGAUUUCUGUCCCUGGAAGAGAUGAGGGUAUUCUUGCAGUGUGAAACAAAGCAAAAGCAUAAAAGAAUGGUUGGUGGUGACAAAAUCAACUAUGUUAAUAACAAUGCUGCAUUGGGUACUUGGAAACAGUUCUGGGAGGCAAUCACUACACCAAUAGAUUAGCAAAAAACAACUGCAGCUGCUGUAAGUCUGAAGUAAAAGUACAAAAUUGCUGGAAGUGCACAGCAAAAUAUGUCAGCAUCUGAAAAAUCAAAACACAAUUCUGCAUCUUAUAACUUUAAAAAAAAAUUCACUUGUAAAGCAUUUACCUGUCUUCUCUUUUCAGAUGCUGCCAAACUUUGCUGUGUGCUUUUAUUUUCACUCUUGUGUAACCCUUGUAUAUCCUUGCCAAAAUUUGAACAAGCCUCAUUUGUGUAAGGGCAGCUUCAGUGUCUCCUUUCCAAUGAUGUUUUCAAAAGUUUCUUAAUGUGAGCCUGUAAUGUUUUCAUUUGCUUCUUAUUAUGAAUCCACACUAUGUACAUUUUUUUACUAAACCAACAAAAAUGCAUAGCAUUCCUGUAUAACAAUUAAAUGCAUGUGACGGAA